AUGUUGCGCGUCAAGUUUGGGCAGCGAUCCAGGUACUUCGAUUCUCAUGUGACUGUGCAGCGGUGCACCACGAUCGCCGCUGUUCAAGACGAGCAUUCGCUACUGCCUCCUCGCUCGAGAGAAUUCGAGGGUAGAGGCACUCUGGUACUCGAUCUAGACGAGACUCUGGUUUACAUCAAGUGUGAGCAAGGAUGCCUCGUCAAUUGCCAGUGUGGCGAGGGCGAUGGCUUCUACGUUGCCAAGAGGCCCUGCGUCGACGACUUCUUGCAGCUGAUGGCUGCAAACUUUGAGGUGGUUUUGUGGACGGCCUCUCCACAGCCGUAUGCCGAGGCUGCUCUGGAGCUGCUGGAUCCCGAGGGGUGGAUUUUUGCGCACAAGCUCUACAGGUAG